AUGAAAUUCGGAGAAGAUGUUCAUGUUCCAGAGUCGGUCAUGGUGAUGAUCCUGGUGAGAUUACCAACCAGAGCUGUAUCUAGAUUUAAAUCAGUGUGUUUCCAGUGGAAGUCGCUCCUUGGAUCUCGCUAUUUCCGUGAUCUCUAUCGGUCAGUGAACCAGAGGAACUUGUUCUCUCCGUGGUCGAUGAUGCGUGAAGAGCCAAGAGCAAAAGUUGGAAUGGUGGAAUAUUUUGGGGAGAGAUGGGGACUCAAGGAAUCACCAGGUACUUGCCUCUUACGUUUCCUCGAUGACCACACGAAGCAAAGAGGCAAAGCCGUGGCCAUCACGGAUGGGUUAGUCUUGAUCGAGGAGUGCGACAUACUCAGACCCUCCAAGUUCUUGGUCGGUAGCCCAGUGUUGCAACAAUGGAUCAAUAUCCCUUCACCUCCUACGCUACAAGAUCGUCGUACUCCCUGCAAAACAGCACUUGUAACAAACGUGAACAACAACGGUGAUCUCUUGGGUUACAAGGUUGUUAAGUAUGAGCUAGGGUUUUCAGCGAGCGGCGGCUUUCACUUUCAGUGUUAUUCCUCUGAGACUGGAAACUGGACUUACCAUCAAGUCUUCCGUGAUCAUAUCAUUUUCAAAAAUUACAAUGGUCGUGACCUCGAGCCGAUUAAUUUGAAUGGUUGGCUUCUUUGGCAUUGCCCUGGAGUCAAACUCAUUCUAGCUUAUGAUUUCUACCCAACCACCGACCAAGAACCUCAACAACUUUUCCGUUUGAUAGAUUUGCCUGAUGAUGAGUCAUUCGGUUAUAAAGAAACCUGCUCCGUUGCAGUUUCGUGCGGGUCUCUCGUGUACAUACGAUACCACACGGGACAAUUUAGAGUUUGGAGGCUCAAGAACCACAAAACCGACCCUUCCAAGGAACAUUGGGAAUUGUUGUGGAACGUUAUUAAUGAUGGCCAAGAACUACUCGUUAUUGGCGGUAUCAGCAGCUGUUUUGUAGUGACGAUGCACCCUUUCGAUAGCGAGGUUGUUUACCUUGAGGGACACGGAAACACUCAUAAGUAUCUGAUUUCAGGUAAUCUCCGCACAGAGAAGUUCCAAGUCCUCAAAGCAUACAAGAAAAACGGAGGUCAGACGUUUUGGAAGUUCGUGCUUCCGCAGAGGCACGACUCGAUACCUUGUCCACCUGGUUGCUCUCUUGUUUCCAAACCAGAAGUCUGA